ACCAUGGAUUCAGAUCAAAUCUUUAUGCACACAUGUAUAGAACACUUUCCACCCAGCCCGAAAAGGCGUCCGUUGUGUCCCGAGCCGAGUGGGGAGCUGUGGAACACACUGGGAACAAACCUAUACGUCACCCAAUCAUAUAUGUGUUCCUCACCAUCAACUCGCACGCGCCGAGGUGUUCCAACAAGGAAGAGUGUUCCAGAAUACUCCGGGACAUGCAGGAUCGAGACAUGAAGGACGGAUGUACCGACAUUAAAUACAAUUUUCUGAUAGGGGAUGAUGGAACGAUCUAUGAGGGACGGGGUUGGAAUUUUCGUCCUCACCAUCUAGACCAGUUUCCAUCCAUGGAUGGGCAAAUGCUGGACUUCGCUUGCAUCGGCAAUUUCAGAAAGGAACUUCGCCCAGACGCCAUGUACGAUGCUCAGUGGAAGCUCCUCAACCUAGGAAUUGAGUUGAAAUAUCUAGCGAAACAUGCCCAUUAUUGGUAG